AUGGAACCAGACCAUGCAGCCACCUCCCACACCCAGGAUGGCUCGCCGGGCUCGUAUACCCUUCGCGAGCUGAUCAGAGACGUUCCUCUGACGCCAGCCGAGGACAAUGAAGUUCAAGCGCACAUUACAUGUGUGGAUACCUGGAACGGCAACGUCUACAUCGGAACCUCUUCUGGAGAGGUACUGCAUUACGUCUCUAUACCGCCCGAUCCAGCCGACGAGAGCGGCCAGCCCAGCUACAUCUUUGCGACGAAGAUCGAGCCGCCAUUCAAGCACAGACAGACCGGAGACGAUGCUGGAGUGAAGCAGAUCCUCUUGCUUCCGAGCAUAAGCAAAGCCUGCAUUGUGUGCCACAGCACCCUCACGUUCUGGAAUCUGCCCGAGCUGAGUCCAGCGUACGAAGGAAGAAUCGAGCAGGCGGGAUGUCUAUGGCUUGGUGGACUCGAUAGAAAUGACUCAGGGCAAGAGAGCGGAGACUCCAAGGGCGUUGUGGCAGUCAUUUGCUUGCGCCAGCGGCUGCGUCUAAUUCGCAUAUUCGAAGAAGCUCAGCCUCGAAAGAUCCGGGACAUUGAACUUGGGGGCAUAUCUACACUUCAGAGACGAGGAGAUUUGGCCUGUGUGGCCGAUGGACAUUCGUAUUCUCUCUUGGAUGUUGUCAAUCAACGCAAGAAUGAGCUCUUUCCCAUAUCGUCUCUGAACGAUCCCAGGCCUCAAGCCCAAGAGACAUUGCCUAAUCUUCGAAAUCGACCGGCAUCACGCAGCUUCUCUUCGCAUAGCCCGGUACGCCAAUCCCGCAGCCACUCUAGAAAUAUCAGCCUGGGAGGACAGCCUCAAAACAACAACCGCUUGCGUCCCGAUAGCAAUUCGCCUUGGCCAAAACGGAGAUCAUCGCGUCAGACAGAGUCGCCCGCUCCCUCCUCGAGUAGGGAAGAAAGUCCCACAAAGUCUGAGACUACGGUCGAGGCUCAGCAACCAAACAACUCAUCUGUAGUGGAGACUUCUGAGCCAGUGAAACCUCUGCCACCUAACAUCCUGUCGCCAACUCCUAGCGAGUUCCUGCUCACCACUGGCACGAGGAAAGUCGAUCCUGGAGUGGGCAUGUUCGUGAAUUUGGAAGGCGAUGUCGUUCGUGGAACAUUAGAAUUCAGCAGCUAUCCGGACGCUCUCGUUUUGGAUUUUUCUCAAGACUCUGCGCUUGGCCCAGGCUCUGACGAUGCUUCACAGGGGGGGUAUGUACUCGCUGUUGUUCAUCGAAAAGCAGAGGAUACGAUGCAGCAAUGCAUUGAAAUACAGCGAUGGGACGCGGACCCUGGCGAGGCUGAUCGCACCAAAGAAUGGCUCGUGCUUGGAGCAAUUAAUACGGGAGGAGAGCAGGGAGAAGUGUCUACAAAGGCUGGCUUACGCAAUCCAACGACUCCCGCCGAGCUCACUGUGAAUGGCGUGACUUCUACGUUACGGUUGCGGCGCUUGAAGCUCAAGGAAGUUGCUGAAGAUGGCGUGGAAACGAUGCGCAAUCAGGAAGAAGAUAAAUUGGCUUCUCGCUUCGCACAGGUCCAGGCUAAUGUCCUGUUCUUCAACAAAGACCAGGUAUCGUGGGUUGUUCAAACACCCAUGAUCAGUCAACUAGAUCGACGGCUUGCGGAAGCGGUGCGACAGACCAGCAGCGAUGAGCUCUCGAUCGACGUACCGCUCGUACAGCGCGUGGUCAACAGUAUACGGAGCCAAGAGCCUCGCGAUGAGCUGGAGUUCUUGACGCUGACAUAUGUACGACAAAAGUCUUCUUUGCUGCUGUUUGGCAAUCUGGUCUUGCAAACGGCGAAUGGAACCAUUGCGUACGAACACGACAAGCGACGAGCAGAAGACGCGCUUGUCUCUGGCGAAUUGGAUCCAAGAGUGGUCUUGUCUCUUGUUCCUCCUCUUGAAGCCGAGACUGCCGAAGGCAGCAACGGAAUCUGGAUGUCGCAGGGUCUUUGUCAUGCUGUCGACCAGAUACGCAAGAGCUUCGAUCCCGACAAGAUCACGCGGGAUGUCCAAGGUCCGUACGGCGACAAUCUACUCAGCCUUGUGAAGCGCUAUUUGAUGGUGUGGCGCAAGAAGAAGGGCUUUGGCAGUGUCGCCGACGAAACUUACGUUUUCCAGACAGUUGAUGCAGCUCUGCUUCAUGUGUUAUUGAUGCUUGAUCAGAAUAGUCCGCGGGGACCCGCGACAGUAGGCACAAUACGUGCCGAACUGAACGAUGUCGUAGAUCGUGGAGUCGACUGCUUCGACCGUGCCGUUGAGCUUUUUGAACAGUACGAUCGACUUUACAUGCUAAGCCGCCUGUACCAGAGUCGCAAGAUGGUGUCUCAAGUGCUUGCUACUUGGAAGCGCAUACUUGAGGGCGAGAAGGAUGCUGGUGGCGAGUUGGUCGAAGGGGAACAUGACCUACGACGCUACCUUUCCAAGAUCAGGGACUCCGCUCUAGUUCAGGAUUAUGGAGCCUGGCUCGCGCAUCGGAAUCCCAAGCUUGGUGUACAAAUCUUCGCCGACGAUAGCAGCAGGGUGAAGUUCCAGCCCACAGAAGCUGUGGCUAUUCUCAAAGACAAGGCGCCCGGCGCUGUCAAAGAUUAUCUGGAACAUCUCGUUUUCGGGAAGAAUCACGUGCAAUACGUCAAUGAUCUGAUUGCUUUCUAUUUAGAUACUGUUCUGAGCGAGCUCGAGAGCUCUGACGAGUCUAGAAAGACUCUGCUGCAGUCGUACGAGACGUACAAGGCGCUGCACCCCCCUAAGCCGACCUAUCGCGAGUUCAUCACGGAUAACGCCAUCAACGCGGAGUGGUGGCACAAUCGGCUACGUUUGCUGCAACUAAUCGGAGGUAGCCAUGGCGCGGCCUCGAAAUACAACGUACACACUCUCGGCGAGCGGCUUGCGCCAUACACCGACGAGCUUGUGCCUGAGAUGAUCAUUCUCAAUGGCAGGGAAGGCAAACACGAAGAAGCGCUUCGCCUGCUUGUUCAUGGGCUAGGAGACUACGAUACCGCUAUUAGGUAUUGCCUUCUGGGAGGCUCGAGCAUCUUCCAUCCUUCCUCCAGCCUGGCACCCGAGCAGCCCUUACCAUCAAAGGACGAGCAAGCCCAGCUGUUUGAGUAUCUCCUUCACGAGUUCUUCAGAAUCGAAGAUUUGAGCGAGCGUCUAGAAAGAACUUCGGAACUACUUGGACGAUUUGGAGGCUGGUUCGAUAUCGAGAAAGUGCUGGACCUCAUCCCCGAUUCGUGGUCUGUGGAGCUCGUUUCGGGGUUCUUGGUACACGCUUUUAGAAGGCUUGUCCGGGAGAAGAAUGAGACUGUUGUGAUCAAGGCGCUGUGUAGUGCGCAGAAUUUGAGACAAAGCGUUGAGUUCGCCGAGAAGACAGAGAGAAUAGCCCCGGUGGUUGUCAAUCCGCAAGUAGAUGUCGGUGAAUGA